GAGAAAAUUGCUGCUAUGCAAUCCUAAACUUACUUUUAUACACUUAUCUUAUUUUUUUUUUUUUAAUUCUUUUAACGCUUAAUACCUCCUCUCUCUCUUUUUUUAUUGGAAUGUUUAUAUAUAAAAUCGAAUUGCAUACGGCUAAAUUAGGUGCCGAUGCACAUGAAUUGUAAUGCAUUGUAUUAUUGUUUUUUUUUCUUCUCUUUUCUUUAUACCAUCAUGACUUUGAAACGAAAAGCAAUUGACUUUGACCAACACUUUGGACAACUUAUUGAUAUGCUCAAUGGUGUCUUUUCAUUCUCUUCUAAACAACAACAGAUUAAGGGAAUGACAAUGUACCAGUAUCCUUUUUUAAAUAUAUAUCAACACGCCUAAAUUUCCGUCUAUAUUAUGACUUAACUCUUUUGUUAGAAUUGUCUAUGACUUGUGUAUUGCUAUACCAAGGCCUUUUACAGAUAGAGUAUUUUUAGGUAUUGCUGAAUAUAUCGACAGACAUACGAUGAACGAGUGCAAAGCGAUGUUAGCCAAUGAUGAUAUUGUUACUUCAUAUGCUAGAGCAUUUGAACGGUUUGCUUUAGCAUCAGAAUACAUUUCAAGAGGCUGUUGCUAUCUUGACCGUGUCAAUACCUCCAAUUAUGCCAAUAGUCACCGCAACAACAACAACAAUACCAUGACUCCACAGAGUUUAGCCAGCCAUAUAAAGUACAAAAAACAAAACAUAGAGGCACUUGCUUUGUCUUUAUGGAAAUCCAAUGUGUUGUUUACAAUACGUGAUCGAUAUCAAAACAAGCUGUUCUAUCAGGUAUUUGAAUUGAUUCGACAGGACCGUGAUGGAGACGAUUCACCUCACAGCACCAUCAAAUCGGUGGUGACUUCCCUUGUUCAAGUCAAUGCGUUCACAGAGCAACCCCUACAGCUCUACAUUGAAGAGUUCGAACGACCUUAUUUAGUGCAUACAAAGCGAUACUAUGAAGCAGAAGCCGCUCGUGAAAUAGCAGCCGGCAGUAUCAGUCAUUUUAUGCAGAAAGCAAAUGAACGCCUUCAACAAGAAAUCAUGCGUAAUAACCACUAUUGCCAUUCGACAUCGCAUUCUCGCAUUGUCAAGGAAUUUGAAGCUCAGUAUAUCGCAGCGUAUCAGGGUCGAAUCAUAGACGAAUUCGAGACCAUGUUGAAAGAAGAGCAAUUCCAAGACUGUACAUUGGCCUAUACGCUCUUGAGUCGUAUUCCUGAUGGUCUUAGGCCUCUACUUGAUAUUUAUGAAACGUAUGUGUCUAGGCUGGGAAAAGAAAUCGUGUCUCGAUUAGGCUCUAGUAUUUCAAAAAACCCACAGUCUUAUGUGGACCAGUUAUUGGCCUUGCAUCAGAAAUACUAUCAAGUAAAUCAACAAGUCUUUUCUUCUGACUCUUUGUUUACUGCUGCUGUAGACAAGGCAUUCAGAACCAUUGUCAAUGAGAACUGGAGUGUGAAUGCAUCUUCUAAUGGAGCAGAGACAUUGGCUCGAUACUGUGAUAUGAUGCUCAAAAAGAAUGCAGGCAAAAAAGAUGUUGGAUCACAUACAGCAGCAGCAGCAACAGCAGGAGUCAAAAGAAAAGGAUUAAAGAAGCGUGUGAUGGAUAUGGAUGAAGGAGACCAAGAACAAAAACUCAUGAAAAUGAUUACAUUGUUCAAGUAUGUCGAUGACAAGGACGUAUUUCAAAAAUUCUAUUCACGAAUGUUGGCUAAGCGUCUUAUUUAUGGUGCUUCCUCUUCAGAAGAGUUGGAAAUGAACAUGAUUAAUCGUCUGAAAGAGAUUUGUGGUGUAGAAUACACGAGCAAGUUAAACAAGAUGUUUACAGACAUGUCUUUAAGCAGUGAUCUCAAUACUAAAUUCAAGAAUUAUAUCAAAGAAAAGUCUUUGACUGGACAAGUGAAUAUGGAUAUCUUGGUCUUAACUGCUGGUGCUUGGCCAUUGAAUCAAAAAGAAGAAACAGGUCAAGAUACCAACAAGAUACAAAUUCCUUCUGUGUUGGAAAACAACAUUUCUUCCUUUGAAAGCUUUUAUAAUAACCAAUACAACGGAAGACGUCUAUUGUGGCAAUGGAACCUUACUCGAGGCGAAAUCAGAAUCACAAAUCUGGACAGAAACUAUGAACUUCAAGUGAGCCUAUACCAAAUGGUCAUUUUACUCUUGUUCAAUCAAACGGGUAUCUCUCAUAUUCAUAUCCAUGAUAUCAUGACAGAGUCAGGUUUAAGAUUGCAAGAUACCAUGCGUAGCUUGAAGCCUCUUGUCGACAUACAGCUGUUACAGACACUGGACGGUGAACCAUUAUCAGAAACAAGUCAAAUUCAAGUCAAUACAUCAUUUACAAGUAAACGUACCAAAAUCAAAGUGACCGCAUCCUCUACACAGAAUGAAUCUCAACAAGAAAGUCAAGCAGCAAGAAAAUCAGUAGAUGAAGACCGUCGUAUGUAUUUACAAGCUGCUAUUGUUCGCAUCAUGAAAUCAAGACAGGUCUUGCCUCAUGUUCAAUUAGUGCAAGAAAUAUUUGAUCAAGCCAAUUCAAGAUUUUCUCCUUCGGUUAUCAUGGUCAAGAAAUGCAUUGAACAAUUGUUGGAAAAGCAGUUUAUUGCUCGACAAGAAAGAGACACAUAUGUUUAUGUUGCAUAAUAAAUCUUUUUUUUUCUUAAUGUUGUUAUUAAAGACAAAACUAAAAGCAUCAUUCAUUGAUAAAAGCAAAUCUUUAUUAAAUAAUGUCAGUCUUUAGUUUCACUUCAUAGAGAAGUUACUCACAGGAGUAGCCACGAGAAGGCAACUGACU